AUGAUGAUGAGCUCGGGGGAUCUGCAGCUGCCGCCGGGAUUCAGGUUCCAUCCGACGGACGAGGAGCUGGUGAUGCACUACCUGUGUCGGAAGUGCGCAGGCCAUCCUAUCGCCGUGCCGAUCAUCGCGGACAUCGAUAUCUACAAGUGCGACCCCUGGGAGCUUCCCGGUGAGUUUUCUCGCCUGUGAUAUUCCGGUGGGCUUCUUUCUCCUCGCAGAGGUGGGAGACGAUAGAUGCAAUUCGCGAGAAACGAGCGUCUAACUCUUCUGUGAUUUGCAGGCAUGGCGCUGCACGGGGAGCGGGAGUGGUACUUCUUCUCGCCGAGGGACCGGAAGUACCCCAACGGGUCGAGGCCGAACCGGGCGGCGGGCUCGGGCUACUGGAAGGCCACCGGCGCUGACAAGCCCGUCGGCGCGCCGAGGCCGGUGGGCAUCAAGAAGGCGCUGGUGUUCUACUGCGGCAAGGCUCCCAAAGGGGAGAAGACCAACUGGAUUAUGCACGAGUAUCGCCUAGCCGACGUCGACCGCUCCAUCCGCCGGAAGAACAGCCUACGGGUACGUCUCCUAAUUCGAUGGAGAUAUUGAGGAUCGACUGCUUGGCUCCAGUUAGUGAGAGAAAGCUUCAGAUUCCAACGGCGGUCAUAUAGUUUUUUGGGUAUUUGAUUCUUGCCUGCGGCGUUGCAGCUGGAUGACUGGGUGCUGUGCCGGAUCUACAGCAAGAAGGGCGCCGACGUGAACCAGAUCAACGCCAUCGCUAACAAGGGGGAGGCCACGGAGACGUCGAGAAUCGACGGGCGCCGCCUGGAGCCUCCGCUGCUGGCACCGAAGGUGGAGCCACUGCUGCGGGCGGAUUCUCCGCCGCCGCCAGCUCAACCCCCGCAGCAGCAGGUUUCCGAGUAUGUGUAUUUAGAAGCGGACUCCGUGCCGAGGCUGCGUGCAGAGUCCAGCUGCUCGGAGCAGGCGCUCUCCUCCUCGCCGGGGUUCGCGUGGGACGAGGUGCAGAGCCAGCCCCGAUGGGGGAGCUGGCUGAGGGACACCCUCAACGCCCCCGCCGGAGGCGAGGAGCUCCCGACCGCCGCCGCGGCCGGCCUCGACGGGGACGGCGGCGCCGCCGUCGGCUUCUCCUCGCUCGGUCAGCUCUCCUCCCUCUUCCGGGACCCCCCGCUGCCGGACCUCCUCUCGUACCUCCAGAAGCCGUUCUAG